UAUACUUUGAGGUUAAUGAUGUUCGAGUACGGAACAUCGUAGUGUGCGUUAAACUGUCGGGAUUCAAGAAGGAAUUGCUUGAAAGAAGAUGCAACCCUGUCAUGGAUUACGACAAUGUUCUGACGUGACUUCUAGUUCGCUCAGGUUGUCCGUAAGAUGGGGUGCGGGGUGAGCAGAGUACAUGCCAUCAACUCAAAUACUAAGCACGGCUCCGGGCCACAGAACGCCUGGGGCCAAAACGCCUCCAUGGAUACAGAAGGACACGCUGACGCACAGGUUCAAGUGGAGCACCGCUGUGAACAAGCAGACCGUGUCACACAGACGGACAAUUUCAUGUUCGACGAUGAUGACCUUUACUUCUCACUGGGAGACGACUGCGAAGAUUUCGAUAACUGCACCGGCGACAUCUCGGCCGCUCCAUCGCACGACACGAUCCAGCCGGACCCACUUCUGUUGCGAACACCGGACCAUAGAUGCGACGGCCAAGACAUCAAGCGUCAACUGUUGGAGGAUGCCGAGCAGAAGAUCAUGCUAUUCACGAGAAAGAUUCACUUUGGUGUUGACAUGACACCUAGAGCCGUGGCUACGAGUGACAUUGGGGUGCAAGCAGGGUGGACACGAAACAACAGGUCAACUCAAACAGAGCGCUCGACGACUGCAACGCGCCAUUCAAGUGGCAAUGGAUGUGUAGAGCCGGACGACGUGCUCCGCGCACUUACUCCAGAGGCCGCCCCGGAUUUGGACGAAGCAGUACGGACGCAGUCCUAUUUGACGCGCAUGGCGACAACGGACAUCGAGUCACAAACAGAUCCGGUCAGCAGAGCUCCUGCCGCAAAUGCAGCGGGACAUGAACAUCACGAGAUGUUUUCGGACGACGAGCUGUCCUCUCCAUAUGCGCACAUCGGCAAGAGUCACUCGGACGGCAGAAGCGCAUUAUGCGACAGCAUCGCUCAAAUCUUGGAUGAAGUCGACUCGGAUCCUUUGCCCAGGACAAAGUCCCGGAAACAAAGAGCGCCAUCUGCACCCAAGAAAGUAUGCAGGAGGGAGACCGGUGUGCAGACGGUCAACGACUUGGUCACCGAUGAGGCUCCAGAGUACGCGGCACGACCACCUCCAUGCAAGAAGAAAGAGAUGAUACCUUCCAUGGCUGUCUUCCACGAAGUAGAUAAGAUUGCGCUUGAGGUUCCAGAAAGCAAUCUCGGGUCGUUGGAGAGUCUUGUUCUCUACCUGUGUUCGUACUGCAGGAAUGAAUUACAGAAAAUUCGCAUGUUCUUUCGGUGGAUCGCGGAAAAUAUCACCUAUGACUGGAAGCACAUGGAAACUAAGCUAGAACCAGAUGAGAUCUUUCACUCCAAAGAAGGUGUCUGCAAAGACUACUGCCUUCUAUUCAGCGAAAUGUGCAGGCUUGCCGGAAUUCGCGAGAAAACGCUGCAAGGCUUUGCUAAGGGAUACGACUACAGACCAGGCCACCAGUUCCAUCCAGGGCAAGAUGUAACGCAUGCAUGGAAUGCCGUGUUCAUAUUUGGUGCAUGGAGGUUCAUAGAUACAACCUGGGGCACUGGUUAUACUGACCACACUGGAAAAUUUCAAAAGAAAAUCAACGAGCACUUCUUCCUGACGGAUCCCGAAAUCCUCAUCUGGACUCAUUUUCCGUAUGACGAAACAGAGAAAAACUAUUCCAGGUGGCAGCUGCUGGACAAGCCCGUGUCCUUGGACGAGUACAAUUCAUUGCCGAAGGUGUCACCACAAUUCUUCCAGUUCAACAUGCGGAUACGCUCCAAGCCACAGAACCCCAUCGUGUUCCGUGUCCGAACAGAACUCCGGCUCGCCUCACACGAACCUAUGCGCUACAAGUUUAAACUCUAUCCGGCAGACGAGGUUGAGAACGGUUCGCUCAACAAUUACGUCUUCUGCCAUUUGCAAGAAGAACGCACAGUCGGCUGCUUCGGCGUUUCUCCUCCUACCGAAGGUCGAUACUACCUUAAGAUAUAUGCAAGGCCAGAAAAAGAGAUGAGAGGUAGUGCUGCAGAAAAUACUUCGAGCCUCCAGAACAUCGGCAUUUUCCUUCUGGACUGCCUGCGUGCCAAGAAGUACCCUCAGCCCUACCCUUUGAACGAAGUACCGUGGGGACCUACUCAGACUUUUUACGAUUAUAACAUGAGGCUGGUGGACCAUAUGGGACCCGUUGUCGUGACGUGGGGCGGGAAACGCAAGUUAACCAUAGACUUGUCGGAAGGGAUGCUGUUCAGCCAUCAACUACUCGACGCGGAUGGCGUUGAAAUGGACGUGAAAGGUAUGAUAACGCGCGAAGAGAAAGAUAAGAGAGUAACAUUCCAGAUCGUACCUCACCGUGUAGGAAUGUUUAAGUUGAUGAUAUUUGGGAUGCCCAAGCCGAAGACGAAAGGCAAGUGGAGACUGCCGCUCGUCGCGACGUUUCUGAUUGACUGCAAGUUGACGAAGUUACAGCUGGAUGAUGAGUUGAGGUUGGCGCAUCAUAGGCCACCGUUGCCAGAGGAAGACAAAGACGAUAAGGAUAAGGGCAAGAAGGGCAAAUCCUCAACACGCUAGGGGUUACGUCACACUGGAUUGUGAGUUGACUGGCGGCGGUGCCAAUGUGUUUGUUAGGUGAAGCAGACGCUUGGAAUUGUAACGAAUGCAUGGACUCAUCGCAAGCAAAUUAUGAUGAGAUCAAUAAGGUGUCGGAACUGCCAGCGAACACCAGGUACAUUCAUUACUGGUCACGGUUAUAUUUCAUCCCACAUUCACAUUACAUAGUCAAAUGCGGAACUUCAGGAAUUAUAAUCAUCCUUGAACCUACAUAUACCAACGUGCCUGGCGUUGCAGUCAGCGGAGAGAAGUUCUACUAUUGUGUUCCUUUACAUUGUGUUGUGAACCAGAAUGAACUACCGGUACAUGCAAGUGCAAUACCAUGUGUGGGAAUUAAGCUGUCUGGCAUGCUCUUUCUUUCGACGCUUUGUGUCAGGUCUCUCUAUGCGGGCUUCAGAGACCAUGGGAAUGGAUAAAUGCAUGUUCAUAAUAGGUAUCUGAAUUUGAGCGGUAAGUCAAACGAGUGAUGCUUAGUCUAGCAAUACAUUGCCAAUCAUGAUUUCCAAAGUUCGUGCGUGUUGACGCCAUAUCACGUGGCGACUACUUCCUAUCAGGGUGAUCACGUGAUGUUUCCAGACACGUUUAUCUUUUAAACAUAGAAAGCGCGCUAGAGAAGCAGUACAGUCAUUAGUGCGUGGAUUGACAUGCGCAAAAAGUGAAUAAACUUUCAUGCAAUCAGUUGAAAAAGCGUGCCAGACGGUUGAAUCGAAGCCCCUUCUGCACGAGUGAUGUUUUACUUACGCUUUCCUUCCCGGUGUUUUGUAAAAGCCGUGGGGCAAGGCAAUGCAGGCUACAAGCGCCGUACAAGCGUCCAUCCAGGCAGUCCAUGCACUACACUAUGCACUACAGCUAUGAAACAAAUACCUUUCCAAGUCAGUAACUGACGACAUUGCAAAUGAAAGUGCGCAGCUUUACAUCCUUCCACCAUCUUUAUCAUUAACGCUACAGUAAAAAGCUUGCCUCUUCGACUGGAUAGGCGAAGGCCCCUCGAGGACUAGCAAGAUUAUCUCCUCGCUGUAAUUGAAGGCACGUGCCAAUUUAACCAGAAAAGGCUGUAUUAUAGCUGCAGCAUCAGCAAGCGUAGAAUCACGCCCAUUUACGCAGAGGCAUAGGUUUCCGCGGUGCAUUAUAGCGGUGGGGCACACGUGCACUUUGCAAGCAUAUUCGAUACUUACGCCUAAUAUUCGAAUAUACGGGGUUUCUUCCACUAUACUCUCUCGAAGCACUUUUAUAAGCUCAAAGUGCCUUGCUGUACAAUACAAUAACGAAAGAUACCCUGGCCAUCUUUCUCAUGCAAGUAUUUCACUCUUCAGCGGCGCCCUUCGUUUCCCACGCUUCCAGAAGGGCGCGCUUUUUGAAGUGUUGUAAAUGAGUCUUUGAAUAAAAGGAUGA